AGCUGUGUGCCUUUCUCCUCCCCAGGAACGCGCUGAUGUUCAACAACGAGCUCAUGGCCGACGUCCACUUCAUUGUGGGGCCCCCGGGCGGGGCCCGGAGAGUACCUGCCCACAAGUACGUCCUAGCUGUCGGUAGCUCAGUCUUCUAUGCCAUGUUUUACGGAGACCUGGCGGAAGUCAAGUCUGAGAUCCACAUCCCCGACGUGGAGCCCGCAGCGUUCCUGAUCCUGUUAAAGUAUAUGUACAGCGAUGAGAUCGAUCUGGAAGCUGACACGGUGCUGGCCACUCUCUAUGCCGCCAAGAAGUACAUUGUCCCCGCGUUGGCAAAAGCCUGCGUCACCUUCCUGGAGACGAGUCUGGAAGCCAAAAAUGCCUGCGUCCUGCUGUCCCAGAGCCGGCUGUUCGAGGAGCCGGAGCUGACCCAGCGCUGCUGGGAGGUCAUCGACGCACAGGCCGAGGCGGCCCUGAGGUCCGAGGGCUUCUGUGAGAUUGACUGGCAGACGCUGGAGAUCAUCGUCACUCGGGAGGCCCUCAACACCAAGGAGGCCGUGGUCUUCGAGGCCGUGCUGAGCUGGGCGGAGGCCGAGUGCAAGAGGCAGGGCCUGCCGGUCACGCCGCGCAACAAGCGGCACGUGCUGGGGCCCGCCCUCUACCUGGUGCGCAUCCCCACCAUGACGCUGGAGGAGUUCGCCAACGGCGCCGCGCAGUCGGACGUGCUGACGCUGGAGGAGACGCGCAGCAUCUUCCUGUGGUACACGGCCGCCAACAAGCCGCUGCUCGACUUCCCGCUCACCAGGAGGCGGGGCCUGGCGCCGCAGAGGUGCCGCCGCUUCCAGUCCUCCGCCCACCGCAGCAACCAGUGGCGCUACCGCGGCCGCUGCGACAGCAUCCAGUUUGCCGUGGACCGCAGGGUGUUCGUCGCGGGGCUGGGCCUGUACGGGUCCAGCUCGGGGAAGGCCGAGUACAGCGUGAAGAUCGAGCUCAAGCGGCUGGGGGUGGUGCUGGCCCAGAACCUGACCAGGUUCGUCUCGGACGGCUCCAGCAGCACCUUCUCCGUCUGGUUCGAGCAGCCCGUGCAGGUGGAGCAGGACACCUUCUACACGGCCAGCGCCGUCCUGGACGGCAGCGAGCUCAGCUACUUCGGGCAGGAGGGCAUGACGGAAGUGCAGUGUGGCAAGGUGACCUUCCAGUUCCAGUGCUCCUCGGACAGCACCAACGGGACCGGGGUCCAGGGCGGGCAGAUCCCCGAGCUCAUCUUCUACGCCUGAGGCACUGGGGGGGGGACCCGGGGGGGCCGCACACUGUGGCGGCUUCGGGGCCUCGUGAACUUUGUAUCUCUUUUGUACACAGCCAAGCUGUGAAAUAGACGUUUUCUACACAGACAGAGCCUCGGUUUCUGGAUGCUGGCGGCUGGGCCUCAGAAGGCGCUCACGUUGGGCAGAGGGCAGCGCUGGGGGCGUGGAGCGGGCCCGGGCCCCGCCACGGGCACCCGCACCUCGUGCUUUCUGGGCUUUUCUGUCCCUCUUACCUUGGAUCCUAUUCUAAGUGGUUUUAAGCUUAACUUCACAUUUUUCCUUCAAAUCCGAAAGCGAGGAAAAGUAAUUUAGAAUCGUUCAUCCCUUUAAGUGGAUUUCCACAAUAAAGUUAUAACAGUGAGAACCA